CCGUAAUGCAAUCUGAUCGUAUCGGAAAUAAUCAUCAACGUAAUUGCCAUCGAUCUUUCGAUCGCCAUACCUAAUAAUUUUCGCAUGUACUGGGGAAAGCUUCCUCGUAGUUUUGAUCGUCCCUUGAGAAUCUAGUCCGACUGGAACCGCAAUGCCGCAAUCCGGUCUCUUUGGCACUGGAAAACCAAGGCGUAAUGCUUCUAAGGCAUGCGAAGGCUGUCGACGGCGGAAGCAGAAAUGCAAUGGCCUGGAUCCUUGCGACAUCUGUCUGAAACGCAGCUUACCAUGUUCGUAUAGGACUGUGACUAGGCAACGUCAGAGUCACCAAGGUGCAAGUUCUGGACGACAGCCAAGCUCCCCACAUAUCGCGAGUGUAACUACAUCGAUGCCUGAUGGAACCACCCAGGCGCCUCUCGCAAUCUUAUAUGAUUCUCAGGUCAGAGGUGUACACGCAGCGCUUUCGAGGGAACAAAUAUUCAACUGCAUCAGAAUUAUACAUGCGAAAGGAAAUUAUUCUUCAAAUUGUCCUGAGGUCGUAUAUGGUCCUUCAUCCAAUAUCUCUCUUUGGCGUCACUUCCGCGCUCACCUUGACCCGGAGGUGUCUGUGGAAGCUGAACAUGAGCAUUCGAGUGGGUCUUACGAAGAGGUCGAUGACGAUCUCAACACAUACAAGUGCACAAGGCCGGCAACCCUGGGCUUGGGACACAGUAUCAAUCAAGCGUUCGUUCGGUACGAAGUUGCGAAUAGCUUAACAGAAACAUUCCUGCGCAUCACUCACCAUGUUUUCCCUGUUGUUUCUUCUGAAGAGCUAAAAAACAGUUUGGAGCUGCUAUACGACUUUGGAGGCGAUGAUGUCCUGCCACAUGCCGAGAAGGCGCUCCUUCUCGCCUCAAUGGCAAUUGGAUCAGCGCAAGGCUCUCCUGCGCGCUGCACGGAUACUCUUGCCGCUAAGGCCCGGAGGGAAUUAGACUACGCAGGUGACGCCCUCAGCUUCCAAGCUGUGCAAGCUGGAUUGUUACUGUCUUAUCACCAAUUUAUGGUUCGGGACCAGAAUCUUGGAUACCUGUAUUUGGGAAACGCUAUUCAUAAAGCACUAGCAAUCGGUCUUCAUCAGGGUGUUUUUGGCCAAUGGCUGAGUAAAGAGCAAUCCGAAAUAAGAGUAAGGACUUUUUGGACGUUGUAUUGCUUUCAGAGCUUUGUUGGUUUGGCCCUUGGGCGACCUUUUGCGUUCGUUGCGUUCGACAGGGGUACCCUAGAUCUGGCGCUCCCCAGUCGUUCAAGUUUUGAGCGGGCUACGGUAGAAUUAUGCAUUAUUACCGAACUAAUCCAUAAACUGUACCGCAAUCAAAGGACAUCCAUAGGUGCAGACCUAAAAGCUGCAUACGGUAUCGCCAGGAGGUUACAAUCAUCUGCCCAAGUAAUACAAGAUGGUUUAGGAAUCGAAAUCGUCGAUCAUCCUCGUAAUCAGGAAGGGAGUAAGCGAUUAAAACAAAUCGCUAUAUCAUAUCAAUACUUUCACAUAACCUGUCUCACAUUUAGACCUUUCCUUCUACUCUCAUUAGAGCUCAAAAAGCGAAGCGACCGAGCGGAUUUGAUGGAGCAAAGAAACAUGAUGGCAAUUAUUUCGGCUGUACAUGAUGCCUGCCAACGUUGCAUUUCUGCGUCACGUUGCAUUAUAGAGCUGACCGAAGCCGUUCUCUCCGUUCAACCAUCUAACGAGUGGAUUUGCAAAUAUGAAUUGUACAUUGAGACGGCAUUCCAAGUCCUCAUUGUGGCAGUAUUACAGGAUGAGAUUUCUUAUAGUACCAACUCAUCUUACACAAGCCGGGCAUUGGACUGCUUGGAACGAAUGUCUGAACGCGCGGGCGUAACCAACUCGCUGUCCGAACUGAGGCAAUUACUAAGGAGGGCAGAAGCGACUAUGUCAAGACGAUUCUCAUGUGGACAAUCCCUACAUGAGCGGCUGCCCUCGCAAUCCUUGGAUCAAACGAAACAAUCGUCCGUUGAAAAUGUGUGCCUUUCGCAUGGUCCAGCUGAUAUAUCCGAAAUACAACAUUGUGGGACAAGAAUUCCGCUGCGUGAUUCUGGUUCUAACUCUAUUGAAGCAGCGGUUGAGAGCAUACUGUCUGAGCGAUCACUAAGUUUUUCUCAACCAUUGACGGAUACGGCCUGGAUGAAUGAGGAGUGGAGUAUCGAUCUAUCUACCAUAAAUUGGGAUUGGUCGAGUUAGAUGUGGCGUUUCUCCUGCCAUGCGUGCCGUGGAUGUUCCGGGAUGCACAUCUCGCGUCAUUCGAUCGCUACUGGGGCAGACAACAACGUUGUCGCCCUGAAUAGUCUGCAGAUGAUGCAAUAUAGGAAAAACACUGGCCAGCUAUUAGCAAAUAAAGAUGUUUACUUCGGUU